ACUUUCAGACUCUUGAUUGUUUCCACCCCCAAGAAACUCACGCGGAACUAAUAAUUGGAGACAUCACCGCCCCUGCUGCUGCCGCUGCUGCCGAUGCUUGCGCGCGCGCGCGAGCUCCCAGCCGCAGAAAAUGCAGCACGAGCGCCUGCUCAAAGUCCUGGUGAUCGGGGACCUGGGGGUCGGGAAGACGUCCAUCAUAAAGCGCUACGUGCACCAGGUCUUCUCGCAGCACUACAGAGCCACCAUCGGGGUGGACUUCGCCCUCAAAGUGCUGCACUGGGACCCCGCCACGGUGGUGCGGCUGCAGCUGUGGGACAUCGCCGGUCAAGAGCGCUAUGGAAACAUGACCCGCGUGUACUACAGAGAGGCGGUGGGGGCGUUAGUCGUCUUUGACAUGACCAGGCUGUCCACGUUUCAGGCCAUCCUGAAGUGGAAAGGAGACCUCGACUCCAAGGUCGCCCUGAGUAACGGGAGACCGGUUCCAGCCGUCCUGUUGGCCAACAAGUGUGACCAACGCAGACACGGCUUGUGCCCCAAGCUGCCCAAACUGGAGAACUUCUCCAGGGAGUACGGCUUUGUGGGCUGGUAUGAGACUUCCGCAAAGGACAACACCAACAUCGAUGCCGCCAUGGCGUGUUUGGUGAAAAGCAUCAUGUCCGUGGAUGAGGAAAGAGCUCUGAAGGACGAGGCUGACAGGGAAGCAGAGGGAGGCGUAAUCGUUCUGCCUCACUUUGACUACAACACCAAGGAGAAAGGCCUCGGCGGAUGUUCUGGAUGCUCCAGUAAACCCAAACAUGACGGCAGCGACUGAGGCGAAGGUGGAGUUUAGACCACAGACUGACAAGAGAGUUCAGUUUUAUAUGUGAGAUUCAUCAAGUUUCAUCUGAUAGUGGCAGUUGUCAUUAUUUUUUAGUUUUUUCUUAUAAUCUAAUUUCUUUAUAUAUAUUUACCUAUUUAUUUGAUUUUUUUUGGUUGUAAUUUUGUAUAUAGAAACAUGUAAAAAGUUGGUUAGAAAAAUGGGUCAAAAACACCAAAAAUUCCAGCAAAUGUUUGUCAAAAACUAAAUAACAAGGGCAGAACGAGGACUGCAGAGCAUGCAGUUAAUUUUAUAGAUGUAAACGUUGUUUAAUAUAACUCCUAAGUGAGGGGAUAUGGCAAAUUUUUUAAAAAUAUUUUGUACAUUUUAAAUAAUUUCAAUUUAUAUUUAUUUAUAUUGCACCUUAACAAGAAUGCAAACAAGGAGAGACUAAAGCAGGAGUCAGUAACCUUUAACAAUAAAAGAGCCAUUUGGACUAGUUUUCUAUUGAUCAAAACCUUGAAGAAGAAGGAUUAGAUUUACUUUAAGAAAUUUGGAAAAUUUAUUACAAUUUUUUUAAAUAAUAAAGAUUAGUUAUUAGUAUUUUUGGCACGAUCAAAAGCAAAAAAAGAAACUACCAUC